UAUAAAUACAUUCGACAUUUGUAAGGACAAUUUCUUCCGCUGAAUCGAACGGUGGUAUUUUUAUCCUUAUAUUGCGCCAUUUAAGGGACGGACCAUUAGAUAUUUGAGGGGGAAAUACCAAAAAAAAUUCGCGCACAGAAAAAAUUCAGAAAAAAAAUAUCGUGCAAGAACAAGGGCUGAUUUUUAAAAUCGUAAUGCAAUUAUUCUAAAACAUUAAAAUGGUGUUUGUACGACAAUCGUAAACUUUUCGGCGAACUUUCCGGCAAGCAAUUGGGGGAUGAAACAAAAAUUCGCGCACAGAAAAAUCGCCCAACCCCCCAACCCCUUAAAUAUCUAAUAGUCCCUCCCUAAUAGGCAUUUAUACAAAUAUAAUAUCAUGUUUCACACUACACUCUACAGCUUCCACCUUUCCACAGCUAUAACUAUAAGGGGCUGUUGUUGGAUAAAUUUUAUAUUGAUAUGACACCAAUAUGCUUGUCAUAAAGUAUUUAUCUAUUAUAAAACUACGUUGUGUAGUUUAAGUUAUAACCUUUUACCUUGAAAUUGUCUUUGGCUCGUUUAGAUUCAGAUUCAGUAUAUCAUGAUCGUGCACGGGAAUUUAGCGAUCCAAAUUUCGGAUUUUCAGAGUCGUGCACCAAGAAAAAUGCAUUAACUAAACUAGCAAGAAUGUCCAGAGCUUGACACAAUGCAAAAUCUAUAGAAAACCGGUACAAUUCUUUGAAUAUUUUAACGAAAUUGUUUGAAACAUUUUGCCCACUCCACGAAAUAAUAGAAAUAUUUGCUUGAAACAUUUUGCCCAAUUGCUGAUUUGAAAUUCCUUUUAAAAUUCUUCAAUUUUCCCAAAUUUUCCUCAAAAUGCAGGGUUAUUUAUGGCUAAUUUGGGUAAAAUUGGCAGGAGCCUUAUGGAUAAUUUGGGUGAAAAUUAGGCAGCUCAUUAAUAUUCUAUUUUGUGGCUAUCGACGAUUGGAGAUUGUAGAUUGCCGUUUGGAGCCGAAACCUAUACUCGCCUGGGCACAGGUGCCUCAGCGAGUAAUAAAAUAGUUGAGUAGUUGGAAAAAAACAUGGAGCACCAAAAAAUUGGCAGCUGCCGCUCCGAACAGAAAUGAUUACUCACAAUCAUAUAAAUUGACUAGCAAAUAAAUUGCACGUUUACUUAUACUAAAUUAAUUAAUUUAUGGCACUCAAUCCAACUUUUACAACGUUGGCAAAAUUAAAAGAUUUUGCUACAAAAUCUCAAGACCUAUUAUUUUGUCAAAAAUCUACCUGUUAUAACUAAUGUAAUUUUAUAUAUAUUUCCUAAAGAAUCUAUUUCUCAACUUUUUGUGAUCAGGUCAAACAAAAACUGAACCGAAAUAUCUGUACCAGCAUAAAUGAUCUACUCAUUUGUAAGAAAAAAAUGCCAAGUAUUUUGUACAAGUUGAUUGUUUGUAGAUAGCAUAAUGCAUAACAUAACAAAACCUGACAAACGUGCUGUAAAUUUAAACAGGCAUCGGUCGGGGCUUUUGGUUAUAUAAAUACUUCAAAACUUGGAAUCUUCUCCAUUUUCUAGGGGAGGGUGUCGCUGCCACUGUAUACCACAGCAAAGAUGACCACAACAAAACAAAAAUUACCAAAAACACGAAAAUGUUUUUAAAACAAUUUGUUUUUGCAUGGUGCUUCUAUAAUAAUUGUAAACAAAACAGUUAUUUUCACGCUUUUAGUAAUUCCAUUAAUUACAAAUAAUUUUAAAGGACAUGCACCUUUACACACUGUUAAACAGAAAAAAAUUGCUCGUUUGUAACCGGGCCGGAACACAACGCAAAGCCAUUUUGUCAGGAGGGGAAUAGUAUAUGGAUAUUUGGAAAUGAGCAACCAAUCAAAUUGCGCGAAAAGCACUAUUCACCUUGGGGAUAUACACUAAUAUAAUUUAUUCUUCCAAUCAAAAUUGUUAAAAUAUUAUUUCGUAUCGCAUGAACUUGCGAAUAGUAAUAAAAGGUACCCAUCCAGCCAGAUUUUGAGCCAGUGAAAGGCAGUGUACUUUAAUAGUAAGCAAUACAAAAUUUUCAGUGGCACUGAACAGUAAGCCCUGAUAAAUUCCUUGCUUUCAACAAAAUUCCAAACCGCCAUUCACAUGCAUGACUUCAUACCGUACCCUCAGCCCUCUUCACGGUUGUUUCCUUUAAAAUAUUUACCCUUAAAUUUGGUCAUCUCAGUUAUGAAGAUUCAUCUUUGUAAAUACCAAAUGGUAAUUUAAGUAGAUUUAUCUUCCCUUUGACAAUAGUGGAUAUGCUAUUUGCUAAUAAACCGAUUGAUUUUUAAAUAACCGAUUGUUUCUUAAAUUUUAGCUUCAAAAAUGUCUGAUGUACCAUGGGAAAGCGAAGAGAAACGAAAUUACAUUUGUAUGCGACAUAUUAUCACUGAUAUUGUAAGUGAAGGAUUGAGGAAAGUUUUUAAAAACGAAUGGAACACUCGUUUCCAGGCAAGGUUCGGAGCAUGGGAUGACACCAGUGCAAGUGGCGUGCAGUUGUUUUCUUUGGAAAAUACACGCUCAAGACCAAACAAGAACGUGAACCAGGCAAAAUUUCAACAUGGGGAUACAAAUCGAUGGGAUUGUUCUGCGCUUUUUGACGCAAUUUUGUAUUCGAACUCUAUUGGUAAAUCAAGUUUGAAUCCAACAAUUAAGACUGAAGUUGACAAUAUUCGAAAGAUGCGAAAUAAAAUUAUGCAUGCUGAUGAAACAAUCUUAUCUGAUGCUGACUUCCAAACCAUGAUCAGCCAUAUUGAAAAUGCAUUUAAAACCCUAGGUCUUCCAAUUCAUGAUAUCACACAAAUUAAAAUUAAGAGAAACUGUAACAAAUCAUUCCAAGUUUUACCUUCAAAGCCAACCCAUGAAAUUGUUUACCGUGCUGAGAAAAUCAACGAAAUAAAGCAGGAACUCCAGAAGCUGUACAUAAAUAGCGGCGGGAAACUUACAUAUCUCUAUAUUUCCGGAAAUCCCGGUAGUGGGAAAUCACAGCUAUCCCGGCAGCUGAGCGAGGAUCUAUUCAAAGGCGUAAACUGGGAAACAGAGGCAACAUUUGUAAUGACAUUACACGCAAGAAACGUAGACACUAUUCUCCAAUCGUAUCAAGAUUUUAGUCGACGUCUAAAUUGUUCUGAGAGUAUACUGCAAAAUGUAAUCAAUUCAUGCAAACCAAUACGCGAAAAGAUCAAAGAUUUACGAUCACUGAUUGAAAGCAGAAUAAAGAACUGGAAGAGGUGGUGGAUUAUUGUAGACAAUGUGGAAGAUCUCAAUAUCAUUUCACCCCUGCUACCACAGAUGGGCGACGAAGUUUGGAAUAAUGGUCAGAUUAUAUUAACAAUUCAGAAUAGAACUGCAGUCCCUUCUGACAGCCUGCUCACUAAACAUAUUUCACUCAGUUGUGGUAUGAAAAUCCAAGAAUGUCGUCGGUUACUGUUCUUAUUAUCAGGAACAGAUGUUAAUGAUCCAUUGUUAGAAGAAGUUGCUGAGAAAUUAGAUCACCAACCUUUGGCUAUAGCUGCUGCAGGUGCAUACUUCAAGAAAGUCAAGGAGGCAAAUUGUUUUCCAACGUUUUCGUGGCAAGAUUACUUAGAAAAGUUAAAAUGUAAAAGGGAAGUCACAGAAGAACCGCUUCUCAAAACCAGUUCUGCUUAUCCAUCCACCAUGUCUGCAGCGGUGUCUCUAGCUGUUGAAAAAUCUGCGGAAAAUAGUUUCAUUUUAAAACACACAUUCUAUCUUUUUUCUCUGAUCUCUUUUGAACCGUUACCACUUCAUAUUAUCACCAAAUACAUUCAACAACUUGAUCAAAACUGUGAUAAAGAGGACGUUUAUUUGGCAGUGAAGGACUGUUCACUUUUUAUUCUUGCUGAAGAAGAAGAUUGUGAUGUCCAUCUGCAUCGCAUUAUCCAUGAAGUAACUAAAUCAUUUAGUGAUUGCAAAGAAACUGAAACUAAAGACGAUUCUCAGAGUGAUGCUGCUAACAAAAGACCGACAAUUUGCGCUCCAAAUACAGCUCAAAACGUUGCUAAAGCGCUUUACUGUUUCAAAGACAGGGAUGAUGAAAUCAAGAUGAUUCCACAUUUGAAGGCAUUUAAUUUAGCAGAUAAGAAAUUUCUUCCCGCACAGGAUUCGUUAUAUUCAAACAGAUUAGCCUCUGACAAUGGAGAAAUUUGUAAAAUAUAUCUGUUUUUUGGACGGACUUUACAUUACUACUCCGAGUUUAAACUCGCUGUUGAAUUUCAUAAUACGAAUCUUCAGAUUUGUAGAGGCCUAGAAAAGCACAAUUACCAGUUUUAUAUAUUCAACGAUCUCGGCAUAUUACACAGGAAAAUGUGCAAUUUCGAACUGGCUAAGGAUUACCAUGAACGAGCAAAGGCAGUUAUAGAAAAGCAGUUCGGUCCAGACCAUAUCGAUGUUGCACUUGCUUAUAAUAACAUUGGUGAAGUUUAUUUUGAUAAAGGUGAACUGGACCAAGCUAAGGGUUAUUAUGAACGAGCACUAGCAAUUGAAAAGAAGCAUUUAGGUCCAGACCAUGUCCAUGUUGCAGAUUCCUAUGACAACAUUGGUGAAGUGUAUCGUGCUAAAGGUGAACUAGACCAGGCCUUAGAUUAUCAUGAACGAGCAAAGGCAAUAACAGAAAGCCAAGUUGGUCUAGACCAUGUUGAUAUUGCACUUUCGUAUAACAACAUUGGUGACGUUUUUUAUGAUAAAGGUGAACUGGACCAUGCUAAUAAUUAUCAUCAACGAGCACUAGCAAUUAAAGAACAGCAAUUAGGUCCAGACCAUGUAGAAGUUGCAGAUAUUUAUAACGAUAUUGGUGAAGUGUAUCGUGCAAAGGGUGAACUGGAUCAAGCCUUAGAUUACCACAAACGAGCAAACGCAAUUACACAAAAGCAAUUAGGUCCAGAUCAUGUUGAUGUUGCACUUUCUUAUAACAAAAUGGGUGAAGUUUAUUAUGAUAAAGGUGAACUGGAUCAGGCUAAGGAUUAUCAUCAACAAGCUCUGGAAAUUUACAAAAAGCAAUUAGGUCCAGACCAUAUCGAUGUUGCACAUUGUUAUAACAAAAUUGGUGUACUGUUUCGUGCUAAAGGCGAACUGGACCAGGCUGAGGAUUAUCAUCAACAAGAACUGACUAUUAGAGAAAAUAAAUUAGGUCCAGACCAUGUUGAUGUUGCAGAUUCAUAUAACAACAUUGGCGAAGUUUGUUUCGGCAAAGGCGAACUGGACCAGGCUAAGGGAUAUUAUGAACGAGCACUGGUAAUUAUACAAAAGCAAUUAGGUCCAGACCAUAUUGACAUUGCACAAUCCUAUGCCAACAUUGGCGAAGUGCAUCGUGCCAAAGGAGAACUGGACCAGGCCUUAGAUUGUCAUAAAAGAGCAAACGCAAUAACAGAAAAGCAAUUAGGUCUAAACCAUGUUGAUGUUGCACUUUCUUAUAACAACAUUGGUGAAGUUUAUUUUUGUAAAGAUGAACUGGACCAGGCUAACAGUUAUUAUGAACGAGCACGUGCGAUUAAAGAAAAGCAAUUAGGUCCAGAUCAUGUUGAUCUUGCAGAUUCCUAUAACAGAAUUGGUGUAGUGUAUUAUGCUAAAGGUGAACUGGACAAGGCUAAGGAUUGUCAUCAACGAGAACUGGCAAUUAAAGAAAAGCAAUUAGGUCCAGACCACGUUGAUGUUGCAGAUUCCUUUGACAACAUUGGCGAAGUGUAUCGUGCAAAAGGUGAACUUGACCAGGCAUUACAUUUUCAUGAACGUGCAAAGGCAAUAACAGAAAAGCAAUUAGGUCCAGACCAUGUUGAUGUUGCAGAUGCUUAUCACAAAAUUGGUGUAGUGUAUCAUGCUAAAGGUGAAUUGCAAAAGGCUAAGAAUUAUCACCUACGAGCACUGGACAUUAAAGAAAAACAAUUAAGUCCAGACAAUCCUGAUCUUGUAUUUUCUUAUCACAACAUUGCAGAAGUUUAUUAUGAUAAAGGACAUCUGGACCAAGCAAAGGAUUAUCAUCAACGAGCACUGGUAAUUCACAAAAAGCAAUUAGGUCCAGACCAUGUCGAUGUUGCAGAUUGUUAUAACAACAUUGGUGUAGUGUGUCGUGCCAAAGGUGAACUGGACUAUGCUAAGGAAUAUCAUCAACGAGCAUUGACCAUUAAAGAAAAGCAACUAGAUUCAGACCAUGUCGAUGUUGCAGAUACUUAUGACAACAUUGCUGAAGUUUAUUUGCGUAAAGGUGAGCUGGACCAGGCUAAGGGUUAUUAUGAACAAGCAUUAAUGAUUAAAGAAAAGCAAUUAGGUCCAAACCAUGUUCACGUUUCAGAUUCCUAUGACAAUAUAGGUGAAGUGUAUCGUGCUAAAGGUGAAUUGGACCAAUGCUUAGAUUAUCAUGAACGAGCAAAGGCAAUAACAGAAAAGCAAUUAGGUCCAAACCAUGUCAAAGUUGCAGAUUCCUUUAACAAAAUUGGUGUAGUGUAUCAUGCUAAAGGUAAACUGGACAAAGCUAAGAAUUAUUAUCAACGAGCACUUGCCAUUAACGAAAAGCGAUUGGGUCAAGACCAUGUUCGGGUUGCAGUUUCCUAUGACAACAUUGGUGAAGUGUUUCAAGCUAAAGGUGAACUGGACCAGGCGUUAGAUUAUCAUGAACGAGCGAAGGCAAUAACUGAAAAGCAAUUAGGUCCAGUCCAUAUUGAUGUUGCGGAUACUUAUUACAAAAUUGGUGCAGUGUAUUAUGCUAAAGGUGAACUGGACAAUGCUAAGGAUUAUCAUCAACGAGCACUGGCAAUUAAAGAAAAGCAAUUAGGAACAGGCCAUGUUGACGUUGCUGAUUCCUAUGACAACAUUGGUGAAGUGUGUUAUGCUAAAGGUGACCUGGACCAGGCCUUAUGUUAUCAUGAACGAGCAAAGACAAUAAUUGAAAACCAAUUAGGUGUAGACCAUGUUGACAUUGCAGAUUCUUAUGACAAAAUUGGCGUAGUGUACCAUGCUAAAUCUGAAUUGGAUAAGGCAAAGGAUUAUCAUCAACAAGCACUGGCAAUUAAAUUGAAGCAAUUAGGUCCACUCCAUGUUGAUGUUGCAGAUUCUUAUGACAACAUUGGUGAAGUGUAUCGUUCUAAAGGUAAACUGGAAAAGGCUAAGGAUUAUCAUCAACGAGCACUGGCCAUUAAAGAAAAGCAAUUAGGUCCAGCCCAUGUUAACGUUGCAGAUUCUUAUAACAAAAUUGGUGUAGUGUAUUAUGCUAAAGGUGAGCUGGAGAACGCUAAGGAUUAUCAUCAACGAGCAUUGGCAAUUAAAGAAAAGGAAUUAGGCCCAGACCACGUUGAUAUUGCAGAAUCCUAUGACAACAUUGGUGAAGUGUAUCGUGCUAAAGGUGAACUGGACCGUGCCUUAGAUUAUCAUGAGGGAGCAAAGAAAAUAACAGAAAAGCAACUAGGUCCAGACCGUGUUGAUGUUGCAGAUUCGUAUGACAAAAUUGGUGCAGUGUAUCAUGCAAAAGGUGAACUGGAGAAGGCUAAGGAUUAUCAUGAACGAGCACUGGCAACUAAAGAAAAGAUUUUAGGUACAGACCAUGUCAGCCUUGCAGAUUCCUAUGACAACAUCGCUCAAGUGUAUCAUGCUAAAGGUGAACUGGACCAGGCCUUAGAUUAUCAUGAAAGAGCAAAGGCAAUAACUGAAAAGCAAUUUGGUUUAGACCACGUUGAUGUUGCAGGUUCUUAUCAGAAAAUUGGUGCAGUGUAUUAUGCAAAAGGUGAACUGGACAAGGCUAAAGAUCAUCAUCAACGGGCACUGGCAAUUAAGGAAAAGCAAUUAGGUCAAAACCAUGUUGAUGUUGCUGAUUCCUAUGACAACAUUGGUGAAGUGUAUAGUGCUAAAGGUGAACUGAACCAGGCUAAGGAUUAUCACCAACGAGCACUGGCCAUUAAAGAAAAGCAAUUAGGUCCAGACCAUGUUGACGUUGCAGAUUCUUAUGACAACAUUGGUGAAGUUUAUUUUGGUCAAGGUGAACUGGACCAGGCUAAGGGUUAUUAUGAACAAGCAUUAGUAAUUAAAGAAAAGCAAUUAGGUCCAUACCAUGUUCACGUUGCAGAUUCCUAUGACAACAUUGGUAAAGUGUAUCGUGCUAAAGGUGAACUGGACCAGGCCUUAGAUUAUCAUGAACGAGCCAAGGCAAUAACAGAAAAGCAAUUAGGUCCAAACCAUGUUGAUGUCGCAGAUUCUUUUGACAAAAUUGGUGUAGUGUAUCAUGCUAAAGGUGAACUGGACAAGGCUAAGAAUUAUCAUCAACGAGCCCUUGCCAUUAAAGAAAUCCGAUUAGGUCAAGAUCAUGUUGACGUUGCAGUUUCCUAUGACUACAUUGGUGAGGUGCAUCAUGCUAAAGGUGAAGUGGAACAGGCCAAAGAUUGUCAUCAACGAGCAUUGGUAAUCAAAGAAAAGAAAUUAGGUCCAGACCAUUACGAUGUUGCUGAUUCUUAUAACAAAAUUGGUGUCGUGUAUUAUGCUAAAGGUGAACUGGACAAUGCUAAGGAUUAUUAUCAACGAGCGUUGGUAAUUAAAGAAAAGCAAUUAGGUCCAGACCAUGCUGACGUUGCUGGCACCUAUGACAACUUUGGUGAGGUGUAUCGUGCUGAAGGUGAACUGGACAAGGCUAUGUAUUAUCAUCAACAAGCACUGGAAAUUAAAGUGAGGCAUUUAGGUCCAGUCCAUCUGCAUGUUGCAAAUUCCUAUGACAACAUUGGUGAAGUGUAUCAUGCUAAAGGUGAACUGGAACAGUCUAAGGAUUAUCACCAGCGAGCACUGGCCAUUAAAGAAAAGCAAUUUGGUCCAGACCAUGUUGAUGUUGCCGAUUCUUAUCACAAAAUUGGUCUUGUAUACCAUGCUAAAGGUGAACUGGACAAGGCUGAGGAUUAUUAUCAACGGGCACUAGCAAUUAAAGUGAAGCAAUUAGGUUUAGUUCAUGUUGAUGUUGCAGAUUCCUAUGAGAACAUUGGUGAAGUGUAUCGUGCUAAAGUUGAACUGGACCAGGCUAAGGAUUAUUAUCAACGAGCACUGGCCAUUAAAGAAAUGCAAUUAGGUCCUGACCAUGUUGACGUUGCAGGUUCCUAUGACAACAUUGGUGAAGUGUAUCGUGCUAAAGGUGAACUGGACCAGGCUAAGGAUUAUUACCAACGUGCACUGGGCAUUAAAGAAAUACAAUUAGCUCCAGACCAUGUUGAUGUUGCAGAUUCCUAUGAUAACAUUGGUGAAGUUUAUUAUGCUAAAAGUGAACUGGAUCAGGCUAAGAGUUAUUAUGAACGAGCGCUGGCAAUUAAAGAAAAACAAUCAGUUCCAGAUGAUAUUAGUAUUGCACUUUCUUAUAACAACAUUGGUGCAGUGUAUCAUGCCAAAGGCGCACUGGACCAGGCUAAGGAUUAUUAUGAACGAGCGCUGGCAAUUUACAAAAAGCAAUUUGGUCGAAACCAUGUUAAUGUUUCAGAUUCUUAUAACAAAAUUUGUGAAGUGUGUCGUUCUAAAGGUGAACUGGACGAGGCUGAGGAAUUCUAUCAACAAGCACUGGAAAUUUACGAAAAGCAAUUGGGUCCCGACCAUGUUGAUGUUGCUGAUUCUUAUGACAACGUUGACACAGUGUAAAAUGCUUAACGUGACCUGUUACCAAUCAGCACAGAAAAUUUGUAGCCGAAACUAGGUUCAGACCAUGGUGUUGUUACUAGAUGUUGCCAAAACCAAUAACCUUAGCGUAUUAUGCUAAAGGUGACCUGAACCAUUUUUCGAAAGAGGUAAGGAAAUUCGAGAAAUGCAACUAAAUGCUGAUGACAUUUGAGAUUUAUUUAAAAAUAUAUAUUAAUUAGUAACAUUCGGCGAAAAGCGGCAAACAGAUCAAGGGCUCAGGUUUCGUUUUUGUAGAUUUAAUACAGAACAUCGAUAGGUAUAGACCAUAGAAAUAAUAGAUAUACUGUAGAAUGCGUACUUCUAUCUUUUCUGUGUGAAAAAUUUAUCUCCACAAAAUGGCGGAUUUAUAAGGGCAUAUUGGUUGAUCCCAGACUUCCGAGGCGGGGAAUUUCGCGCGGUUGAAGGGAGUGCAGUGCGAAUUGUUUUUUCAACUCGAGUUUUAACUGCAAAGUUUGCAAAAAUUUUAUAUCGAGAAUUUAUAAAAUGGAAAAAAAGUUUUACAAAGAAGAAAAAGUGUCUGAUGGGCUUUUUUACGAAAAGCAACAGUUUUGAACAGAAUAUAUACAGAAAUCGUCGUUUAAAAAUAAAUUUUCAACGUUGUUGUGCAAGCCAAAACAAAACCCGAAAGAUCAAGACAAACUCAAACUCAAUAGGUAUGUUCUACAAAUGUUUCAACUUUUUUAUAAUAUAAAUGAAGUUCAAUAAUCUUUUUAAACUUACACAAUUACUUUUCAUAUUUUUCUACGUUGCUUAAGCUUGAGGCAACGCUUUUGAAACCAUAGUUUUCGACGAUAAGGACACGCAUGAGAAAAAGUGGAGACAUGAUUCGUGAUCAAGUACGCAUUCUAUAUCUAUUAUUUCUAUGGCAUAGACAUACACACUGCAAAGUAAUUGAGAGGAAAAUAUGAUUGCUGUAUCCAAAUUUUGGACCAGCGUUUAAAUUUUCUGAUAUAUUUUUUUACUGUAUAAACAAAAUUGGGCUUCACUUGUUACAUGGGUCAUAUUCAUCAUAUAUACCUACAAUCGUUGCUACAAUUGUUGAACCCGCGUUCCACAAACAAUUAGGCACGAUUGUUGGUAUACUGGGUAUAUCAGAAAAAAGUGGACAAUUUUGAAAUGGCUCUCGAUUUCACAAAUCCGUCCAUGUCAUGAAAUGUUUGGUAAAUAUAGCUUGUUUGGGUACUUAUAAUGUAGAAUGAACAAAAAAACUUUGUAAAAAAACUUUUUUAGGAGCAUUAAAAACAGUGCAAAAUUUAAAAUUUUAAAGCGCAUUUGAGCUCAUGGGCGGGAAAUUUGUUAUGUGUUUUAUUAAUGGUCCAAAUAUCAGAAAAUUUGCUCAAUUUUAAGUCCUAAGAUAGUAUCCUAUUUAUUUUUAUUUAUUUAUUUGUUGAAUUUGUCACCAUACAAAAAAAAAGAGAUUACAAUGACGAAGAUAACUAUGUGACAGGAGAACGGAACAGGACUUUCGUCCCACUUGAAACCUAACCCCUUAAAAUUAUACACAAUAUACUAUUUGUCUUUGCUCAACAAUUUAUACAUUAUACUUUUGUAUACAUUUAUAUACAUAUACACAUAUUUGGAAACGACUAACAUGACAAAAAGAAGUUUAGGAAUGACUAUAAUUAGCCGGAACAACCAGGAGGACUGUAUGUGGAUAACUUUGUAAUAUACAAGUUAAUUAGGGUAGACUUGAAUGCAGGUAACGAGUGGUAGACUUUAAGGUAUGAUGGCAGACAGUUCCAUAGUUCGGCUGAUCUAAUAAAAAACGAUUUUCUGUAACAAUCUUGUUUAUGUUUAAUGAUUAGAUUGUAGUUGUUAAUAUCAUAAUUCCGAGAUCUAUAUUUUGGCUCGAAAGUGCAAAGGAAAUUAUUGACAUCGAAUUAUUGACAUUAGAAUCAUCAAAUCGGCAAUUUCUCUGCGAAAUUCAAGGGGAAGAAGAUUGGUUCUGGCAAGUCUCUGUGUAUAUGACAUAUCCGGAGGAUAGUUCAGAAUAAAUUUAGUGGCCCGCCGUUGGACGUUUUCAAUUAAGGAACGAUACUUAACUGUAUACGGUGACCACAAACUACUGGCGUACUCAAGUUUAGGCCGCACAAGAGAACAGUACAACAAUUUUCUGACUUUCAGAUCAGGGAGUUCUUUACAUACCCUUUUAACCAGACCGAGCGUUUUAUUAGCCUUGGCCACAAUAUUUUCAAUAUGCCUUGACCACGACAAAUCAUUUGACACAGUGACACCAAGAUCCAUAAUGAAAGGAACACAAUCCAACGACUGAUUAUCAAUGGUGUACACUGCUUCUCUUAUCAAUGACUUCUUCCUGGAGAUGUUCAUUACCUUGCAUUUAGCCUUAUUAAAUGCCAUUCUCCAGUCCAAACUCCACCUUUGCAAGCGGUCGAGGUCACUCUGAAGAUUGUAACUGGAGGUUGAAUCGAGAAUGGGUUUGAACAGCUUGGAAUCGUCAGCAAACAAAGCAAUUGUUGAGUUGUACUGAAUGUAGUUAGGGACAUCGUUGACGUAUAAAACAAACAACAAUCGACCGAGUAUAGAACCUUGUGGUACACCGGACGUGACAGGAAGCCAAUCAGAGAAUGAUUCGUCUAGAGAAACUCUUUGGUACCUAUCUGUGAGGUAACUACCAAACCAAGAAAGAAGAGAUCCGUUGAUACCAUGAUGCUUUAGUUUGAGUAAUAACAAUUUGUGAGGGACUUUAUCCAAGGCUUUUGAUAAGUCAAGAUAGAUUACAUCAACUUCGUUACCGGAUGCUACGGAGUACAGGGUGUCAUGGUACACUUCUAAUAGUUGUGUUGUCGUUGAUUUACCCUUGAGAAAUCCAUGUUGAAAUUGAUAGAAAGAAGGGUAGAGGUGAUGAUAACAGUGAUUAAAAACGCAACGUUCCAAUACUUUGGAGAUAACACAAAGCAAAGAGAUUGGUCUGUAGUUCGAUGUUAUUGUGGGAUCAUCUUUUUUAAAAACAGGGGUAAUAUUGGCAAACUUCCACUUGGCAGGUACCACUCCAAGAGAGAGAGACAUAUUGAAAAGAAUACAAAGUGAAGGAGCAAUCUCAUCGGCGACCUUGGACAGAAUUCUGCUCGGAAUACCAUCUGGUCCACACGCUUUGUUGUGGUCUAAACUACGAAGCACCGCAGAAACUUCGGAGAUUGUAAGAUCAAUAUCAGAGAGUUUGAUACAAGAAGAUUCCAUUGAAGUAGAGAGCGUUGAAGGUGGAUCUACGUUGCCAGGGCUAAAAACGGACUGGAAAAAUUUGUUGAAUAAAUUUGCUUUGAUGCGGCUGUCGGUCGUAAAGGAUUGUCCAUUUCGAAUAAAAUUUGGGCUCUGAUUUGUUUUAGUCGAAGAUUUCGGAA